AUGUCGAUGGAUGUCGGGUUCCCAGUGCUCGAUAUCACAAAGAGGGUGUCUAGGAUUAUCAAGGAAACUAUUGGUUUUGAUGAUUUUCCAGAGGAAAUGAAUGGUUCUUCUCCAUCCUUCCCUGAUUCUGAGAUCGAAACUGCGGUAGGGAGCCCGAGCUGUGUUCCAGAAACUCCUCAGAAAUUCAAAGCCGAGGAGAUUUUGAGCGAAGUUGGUGGGGUGGAUCUUCUAUCCCCUUCGUGUAUGUCGACCGAGAACAACCGGGAGUGGGAUUCCAACGUAUUCCCGUUCAAAAAAGAGAUACUAGUACAUUCGUGCAAUUCUGUGGCAAGGAUUCUCGAUCAACCUAACCCUGCGCAAACUGAGAUACAGCUGUCGCAAAUGGCCUCGGAACUUCACCAGCGUAAGAUUAGGAGUUCGCGGACCAAACUGGAGAUGGAAAAUCUACGAUUGGGUCCUCCGACUACUCCUCCGUCAAGCCCGAAAAUGUGCAAGAAAAGGAGAGGUGGGUUAGAUAAUUAA